AUGGACCACCUCAGCCUCAAUGGAAACUCAUCUGCGUCUCACCACUCAGUCAACACACCCCUUAUGUCUCAGACCGGCUUCACAAUUUUGGCUGUUAUCAUGGGUGUGUUCUCUGUGGCUGGGAUCAUCCUCAAUGUCCUGGUGGUGGUGGUGACAGUGAAACACAGACAGCUGAGGCAGCCACUCAGCUAUGCCUUGGUUAACCUAGCCAUAUGUGACCUGGGCUGUGCUGUGUUUGGAGGUCUGCCCACCACUGUAACCAGCGCUAUGGGAUACUUCAGCCUGGGGCGCCUGGGCUGUGUCCUUGAGGGCUUUGCUGUCGCUCUCUUCAGUAUCACAAGUCUGUGUUCAGUGGCUGUAAUUGCUGUUGAACGCUAUAUAGUAGUGUGUUGUCCCAUGGGUGCCGUCCUGUUCCAGACAAGGCAUGCAGUGUGUGGCGUGGUGCUGUCCUGGGUGUGGUCGUUUGUGUGGAACACUCCGCCGCUGUUUGGCUGGGGUAGUUUUGAGCUGGAGGGUGUCCAGACCUCCUGUGCCCCUAAUUGGUACAGCCGCGAUAUGGGGAACAUGUCCUAUAUCAUCAUUUACUUUCUCUCCUGCUUUGCCGUGCCCUUCUCCAUCAUCAUGGUCUCGUACUCUCGUCUUCUGUGGACCCUGCGACAGGUGACCAAACUGCAGGUGUCUGAGGCCAGCAGCACAAAUCGCAUGGAGGUGCAGGUGGCACGCAUGGUAGUGGUGAUGGUGUUGGCCUUCCUGGUGACCUGGUUGCCCUAUGCAGCCAUGGCCCUCGCUGUCAUCCUAGACUCCGAACUCUAUGUUGACCCCAUCAUCGCUACCAUACCAGUUUUCUUGGCUAAGAGCAGCACAGUCUACAACCCCAUCAUAUAUAUAUUCAUGAACAGACAGUUCCGGGAUUAUGCUGUUCCCACUGUCCUGUGUGGCUGGAACCCAUGGAUUUCAGAGCAACAAGUCUCUGAGGCCGAGACCACCGUCUACUCUCUGAACAAGAGCCAGAAAGCCUCCACGAAAGAAGUUAUGAAAGAAUAA